CUCAACAUGAAGUUAUUCCUUAGCUGUGCUCUGCUCUUCGCUGUGUUUGUUGCCAGUCAGGCCUAUAGCGCCACCUGGGGACGUAAGAAUCAUGAUGACUUUUUGCUUUACGAUAAGACAGAAGUGCGUCCCGUUUGGAAUAAUACCGCCUAUAGCGUCGAUGUUGAGUACCCAGCACCCGGUUCCGUGUUCGGUUACAAUCUCACCUUCAUUGAUGUGAUUGAUCAUUGCCGCCAGGGCAAUGGCUCUGUCCCUACUCUGCUUAACGGUGGUCCCGGCAAUCGUUACGCCUACAUCAAUCUGAAGAGCGCUGCUGGACAAUGCAUGAACUCUACCGUUGUAUUCUGGGGUAUUGUACCUUGGCUAUAAAUA